GUCAUGACCCGUGUAGUCAUGGCAGAGCGUAAUUGAUCUCAAGUUGGCCGGAACAAAAAAUGUAAAUUUUACGUUACCUAAGGAGUGAAAAAGGGAUUCGUCGUUAGUUCUAGCGACUAAAGGCAAUAUGGAGAUACCCAGAGAUUUGUCAGCGGAGAACAUUACCUUCUCCAAGGACAAAAACAUCCUUAAUGAUAUUGCCCAGGAGACAAAAGAUGCACCAGGAUAUGGCUGUCUCACCGAGGAUGAACUCAUGGAAAAAGUUGAAAAUAUUCUUCUAGAGAAAAUCAAAGAAGGACAAAAACAGGCAUACUUUCAACUUGGGCUUUUCUAUUAUGAGCAGGGUGUGAUGGACAAGGCCAUUGUGUAUUUUGAACGCUCAAAAGAGUUUGAUUACCAGUCUUUAUACAUGCUUAGUGUGAUGGUGUAUGAUGGCAUUGGCUGUAAAGCUGAUACGGUUAGAAAGACUGAGGCUCGGAAGAAAAAAGCUGUUGAAUACAUAAGGAAGAUAGCCUUGUCAGGGGAUAAGCGUGCAAAACAUCUUGUGAACGCAGCACAGUUCAAUCUUGGUCGAGCGUAUUUCCAGGGAUAUGGUGUAGAUAGACAGUCUGAUGCUGAGGCUGAAAGAUACUGGCUUCUGGCAGCUGACGAUGGCAACCCCAAAUCCAGCGUUAAGGCCCAGUCAACCCUCGGGAUGUUUUACUCUAGGGAGGACAGUCUUAACCUCAAACAGGCUUUCUUCUGGCACUCUGAGGCUUGUGGGAACGGUUCUCUGGAAUCCCAGGGAGCCCUUGGUAUAAUGUAUGAGUAUGGUAUUGGUACUAGAAGGAACACAGACUCUGCUUACAUAUGUCUGAAAGGGGCCUCAGACAGGGGUAAUGUGUAUGCCAUGGGAAACCUGGUUGCUCAUUACUACAGAAGGAAACUUUAUACAAAAGCUGCCGACUUGGCUUCUAGAGUUUCACAGUUAUCAGAUGUGGCAUUAAUUGCCAAGGAGACAGACUGCCUACCAACAUAUAUCUGUAGAGGUAUAGCCAUGGCUUGUUUCUACUAUGCUAGAUGUCUGCAUGAGGGGUUUGGUGUCAAGAAGGACGAAAAAGAUGCCAAGCGUUUCUAUACACGGAGUUACCAGUUUGAUUCAGAUGUUUGUGCAAGUCUUCAAACGCAGACACAGCAUGGAAAGAUAUAAAUGGAGGGUUACAGCAUAUAUAAGAUAACUGGAACAUGUGAAAAUAAGAAAAAAAGACCCAAAAUUCAUACUUGUGGAUAACGGUUUAUUCCUCAAAGUCACAGGAAGAUAAAAAAAGAAUGUUAAGUCUACUUUACAUUUAUGUGCUGAAAUAAAUAAAAAGAAGCU